UGUUCGACACUCCACAACCUCGAGCGUGCAGCGCAGGCCGGGGAGCGCGCGGGGCGCGGGGCGCUCGCCUUCCCUGGUUCUCCCUACCGCCUGCGCCCCCCGAAGAGACCCGGGCUUCCCAGCGUGCCUCUGCACGGCUCGCCCGGGCCAGGAGGGAGGGGCCUGCUCAGGAGCCUGGUGUCCCGGCCCCCGCGAUGGCCGCGGGACACAGCCGCAGGGAACAGCCGCGCGGAUGCAGGGGCGCCCACCCCUAGCGGGGCGCAGCCUCCUCCUCGUCCUUCCCCCGACCGGCGGGAUGGGGGGCGGAGGGUCGGCCCUGAGGGUCUGCGCCGACCACCGCGGGGGCAUCAACUGGCUCAGCUUGAGCCCGGACGGGCAGCGUCUGCUGACGGGCAGCGAGGACGGCACAGCCAGGCUCUGGAGCACCGCGGACGGCCAGUGCUGCGCCCUUCUGCAAGGACAUGAAAGCUACGUGACCUUCUGCCAGCUGGAGGAUGAAGCUGCCUUCACAUGCAGUGCUGACUGCACCAUCAGGAAGUGGGAUGUGCUGACAGGGCAGUGCCUGCAGGUGUUCCGAGGACACACGUCCAUUGUGAACAGGAUCCUGGUCGCCAACAACCAGCUCUUCAGCAGCUCCUAUGACCGGACAGCUCGUGCCUGGAGUGUGGACAAGGGACAGGUGUCCCGGGAGUUCCGGGGCCAUCGCAACUGUGUGCUGACUCUGGCCUACUCUGCCCCCUGGGACCUCCCCGGGGCGCCGUGCGUGGAGGAGGCCGUGGCCGGGGGGCUCCUGGUGACGGGCAGCACAGAUAGCACAGCCAAGGUGUGGCAGGUGGCCAGUGGCUGCUGCCACCAGACGCUGCGGGGCCACACGGGUGCUGUGCUCUGCCUUGUGCUGGACACACCCAGCCACACAGCCUUCACCGGCAGCACUGAUGCCACCAUCCGAGCCUGGGACAUCCUGAGUGGGGAGCAGCUGCGGGUAUUCCGGGAGCACCAGGGCUCUGUCAUCUGUCUGGAGCUCGUGAACCAGCAUGUGUACUCGGGCAGCGCCGACAGGACGGUCAAGUGCUGGCUGGCGGACACGGGGGAGCGCGUGCGCACGUUCGCAGCCCACAGACACAGCGUGAGCGCCCUCAAGUACCACGCGGGCACCUCCAAAUCCUCGCUGCCAUUCAGGAGGUCAGCGCCCAAGGGCAGUGGCUGCGGCUCCUCCAUGCCCGUGUUCUUCCAGAUGUCUACAAAAAAGGUCCAAAUAAGGGUCUGGGGCCUCCUCCCACCCUUACCCCAGAAGAAUGUUCAGAGGUCCUAGGGUCAAGAGCACGUCUCAAGGACACGUUCUAAUUCUCACAGUGAGACAGUGACACCACUUACUCCAUCCAGACUUGAGGGCCACAUGGGUUUGGCUUCACUGGCAUUAUGUUUGACUACAGAUAAGAGAAAACCCAGAUAACAAUGGUUUAAAUGAGAUAGUGGUUCAUUUUUCUCUCAGAAGAGUUUCAGAGGCCAGCAGUCUAGGCUGGAAUGGAUGGCUCCACAAAGUUAUCAGGCACCCAGAUUCCUUCUGUCACUUUGCGUCAUCAUUCUUACCAUGUACCUUCUAUCUUGAAGGGGGCCUCAUGGUUCAAGAUAGCUGCUGGAGCUCCAGCCAUCAUGUCAUGUUUUAGGCAGGCAGGAAGAAGCAGAGGAGGGAAGGGCAAAAGGAUGUAUCUCCUAGCUGAAUAGGCCCUUUAAAAAUCUUUCCUUGAAGCCCUACCCAAAGACUUCUGCAUACAUCUCUUUGACCAUUGCCCACGAGAGAGAGAGAGUAAUAAAAGCUCUUGUCUGGGGACACUGCUACCAGGAUCAGUCAGGAUUAUUUUGGAAAGAAAGAAGAGCAGAAUGACUUAUUGGGUAGGCAAUAAGCUGUCCUACAAAUUGUCUCCCAUCCGGGCUUUGCUGGCUCUGUCCAGCUGGCUUGCCACAUGUUUACACCCAGACACUUCCAGAAGACAGACACUGUUCCUGGGAAACAAGCCCCCCAACCUCACCACACCUACUUGGGAGUGGGGCUCCCAGCUUCCUGAAUGUCUCUCUCCCAAAGUGAUCCCCCAUGUUGCGUUUUGCCCUCAGCUCUCCCUUCCCCUCUGUUUUCUCACACACAUCUGACAGCAGUGGGAAGCAAGCCCCACGCGAGCUGAGCGAGAGCCAUCUUCUAGCACUGGAGUGGGGGCAGACGAGUGGGGAAGAGUCACAGUGGAAAACUCAAGUCGGCUCACAGCACAGGUGUUAGAUGAAGCGAAAGUGUGGAUCUCUGAAAAUAGAGCCUGAGAUGCCCUCGGGGUGUAGGCGUCUGGCACGGAAAAAAUUUUUUUCCUUCUUCCUGUGUCUAAGCCUGUCAGUGUGAUUCCGGCUCUGCUCCCAAGUUGGGGAUCUCUGCUUUAGAAAGAAGGUUGCCUCGAGCACCUCCCCUUGGCAGCAGCUGGGAUGGAACCUGCCGCCGCAGCGAAUCCCAGGGACCCCACGUGCUGCCCGCUAUUAGGGAACCCUGGUUCUGGGUCUUUGCCAGCAGGCUACAGGAUGAUCAGAUGUUCCCGCCCAUGGCACGCCCAGCAGCCACACCGAGUUGGUGGAGGGGAAGGCAGGAAAGGGGCUGAAGAGACCCAGAAAGGAGACUUCCCCUCGGGGCCACAUUCCCCUCUAGCGUUAGCAGACAGGCUGGGAAUAGGCAGGUGACGCAAGAAGUGGGGUAAGAAAUAGAUCCCCCGAGGCCAGGGCGCCCCCAGGGGUGCUUGCUGCGACCACUCAGGCUGCCGGGUGGGUGUAGCAGAUGCUGUGGGUACCACGCUCAGGGGUGCUCUUGCUGGAGCACCUGAGGUCCCCUGCCGGAGGUCAUUUUCUUGUGAGGGGCAGGUCCAAGGAGGCUGAGAGUUGACACCCCUAAGAGAGGCCCUCAAGCAAUGGUUAAGGGGCUUUGAGGGAUAAAUAGCCCAGCAUCCUUGUCCCCUGGUGGGACAAUGCUGAGACAUGGUCUGCACCUUCUCCCAAGGGCCCCCAGCUCACUACUUCAUCAUGCCCCGUGUGGGCGUCCUUCCUUUCUGUUUCUCUCCCCACGUCCUGGAAUGCCGUGCCAAAUGAACUGUUUGCCCUCAAAUCCUAGUGUCAGGGCCAGCUUCUGGGAGAACGCAGCUCAGACGAUAAGUGCACAAGGGAGUGUCCUGGGCAGUGUUCCCAGUGUGGUCCCUACCAGCAGCUUCAGCAUCACCCGGAACUGGCUAGAAAUGCAGUUCUCAGGCUCCAAGCCAGACCUCCUAAAUCAGAAACAGGUGGGCCCAGCAGUCUGUGUCUGAACAAGCCCUGGUGAUUCUGUGCCCACUGGAGUUGGAGAGCUCUUGG